CCCAAGAAGGCAGCUAUUGACCCACGUUUCAGUGGGGCCAACUCACGACGUGGAGAGAGAAGUGAGAGAUCACGAUGGACCGUCCUUCAACGCAGAAUCGUUGUAGAUUGUAAGCGUUGAGGAACCAAAACUCUGCAAAAACGAAGUAAAAAUUGUGGGGGGAAAAAAAAAAAGGCUACAAAAUGUGUAUAGCUGCGUUCGUGUGGCAAAAUCACCCAGUUUACCCGUUCCUUCUGCUGCUCAACAGGGACGAGUUUCACAGCAGGCCAACAGAGCCUCUGGCAUGGUGGGAAGGAGGGGAGAUCUUAGGGGGAAGAGAUGGAUUGGCAGGUGGGACAUGGCUGGCUUGCACCAGAGAUGGUAAGGUGGCUUUUAUCACAAAUGUUAGAGAAGUUCAGAAGCUUGCUCAAGCUAAAAGCAGAGGGGACCUUCCGGUUCGAUUCUUGGAGAGCAAGAAGAGUCCCAUGGAGUUCGCCGAUGAUGUUGUGGUGGAGGCGGAUCAAUACAACGGGUUUAACCUGAUAUUGGCCGAUCUUUGUUCUAGGACCAUGGUUUAUGUAACCAACAGACCGAAGGAGGACAGGAAUUUUGUCACUGAGGUCUCUCCCGGGAUCCAUGUCUUGUCAAAUGCACAACUAGAUUCUCCUUGGCCUAAGGCUCAACUACUAGGCGACAGUUUCAGAGAGAUACUUAUGGAAUCCAGCGGCGACGAUCUUCCGAUAAAAUUAAUGGUUGAAAAACUAAUGACGAACACGGUUAAAGUCGAGGACGAAAGCCUCCUGCCUCACAUAUAUCCUCCGGAACUGGAGCACCAUCUCAGCUCCAUAUUUGUGGAGAAAGCCCCUCCGUUGGGACACUAUGGCACUCGAAGCACCUCGGCAUUGUCUGUGAAGACUAAUGGGGAAGUUAGCUACUACGAGAGAUAUCUGGAAAAUCAAGUGUGGAAAGAAGGAACAUUAACUUAUCAGAUUGGAGAUGGCUGUAACUUGUAACUCUUUCAGCCUUGUAAGAUUAAAUUCUUGUGCUAAAUUUUUACAGACUAUCCAGUUUGGACUAAUUGAAAGGAAAAUGAUUUCCGCAAA